AGGAGGGAAGAGCUGGGACUCCCAGAGGGCAGGAGAAGAGCCUCGGAGGAGGAGAAGGAAGGCAAGGCGGACCCCGCGCAGCUCAACCCGAGAGAGAGAAAGGCUGUGCAAUGGCAUUGGAGCAACACUGUGGAUCCUCCCUGCUUUACCCUGGAGAGGAAGCGACCACCAUGCAUCCAGUUGAGGAAUCAGGGAGCUUCGAGGAGCUGUUCUUUACUUUCACCAACGAGGAAUGGGCCUUGCUGGAUCCAGACCAGAGAGCUCUGUAUGAGGAGGUCAUGCUGGAGAUUCAUGAGAUGGUGGCCUCUCUAGGAGAUGUUUGGGGGAUCUGGAUUGAGGGAGAACCGUCAGAAGUGGCAUGUGAAAUUGCUGAGGAGCAGGAGGAGCAACGGAAGCUGUGGGUUCAAGAUGUUACCAACGGACAAGAGGGGACAGAAAUGCAGAAUGCUGGGAGGGAAUCCACUGAUUUUGAGAUUAACGAAAAUCAGAUAAUUCACACAGGGGAGGAACCUUAUGAAUGUUUGGAGCUCGGAAGGAACAUCAGUUGCAUAGACUACCUUACGUUUCAGGAAAUAUGUCAUACCGCCGAGAAACCAUAUAAUUGCUUGUUGUGUGGAAAGAGCUUCCGUCAGAGUGGUCACCUUAGUUUGCAUCAAAGAACUCAUACAGGCGAGAGACCUUAUCACUGCAGGGAGUGUGGAGAGAGCUUUAGGCACAGUGACUCCCUCAUAAAGCAUCAAAGAAUUCAUACAGGGGACAAACCUUAUAAAUGUCUGGAGUGUGGAAAGAGCUUCAGGCAGAAUAUCCACCUCACUAGACACAGAAGAAUUCAUACAGGGGAGAAACCUUAUAAAUGUUUGGAAUGUGGAAAGAGCUUUAUUCAGUGUAGCGUGCUCACAAGACAUAAAAGAACUCAUACAGGGGAGAAGCCUUAUAGAUGCUGGGAGUGUGGAAAGACCUUCAGUGCUAAUUGGUCCCUUUCUAAACAUAGAAGGACUCACACAGGGGAAAAACCUUAUAAAUGUUUGGAGUGUGACAAGAGCUUCAGUUGGAAUGGUCACCUUAUACAGCAUCUAAGAACUCAUACAGGGGGGAAACCUUAUAAAUGUUUGGAGUGUGGCUCGAGUUUUAGUCAGAGAGGUCACCUUACUCAGCAUCUGAGAACUCAUACAGGGGAGAAACCUUACAAUUGCUUGGAGGGUGGAGACAGCUUCAGUCAUAGAGAUUCCCUUAACUUACAUCUAACGAGUCAUAAAAGGGAAACAUGCUACACUUGGAAGGUGGAAGGAGAUUCAGUGAUCUCAAGAGUUCCUGCAGAGAGGAAAUGAAAGAUUCUUCUCAGUGUUAGAAUUCCCUUAUCUCCAGCUCUUACUUGUUCUGAGGCCUUUGGAGCCCAGUAUACCUUCCAUUUUAGAGGAGAAAGGGUUUUUGCUUUCAAGCUGCUUUUUCAGUAGGAAACAGUUUGUGGCCUUUUUUUCUGGAAGGAGUUCAAGUGGUGGGUUGGAUGGAUAGCGGAAG